ACAGGCAUCGCUACUUCUCGGGGAUGGAGCCGGAAGAGGGGACGCCGCUUUGGCGGCUGCAGAAGCUGCCUCCGGAGCAGGGCGCCGGGCUUCUUCACAAAAUCAUUGAUGGCAUCUGUGGCCGAGCUUAUCCUGCCUAUCAAGAUUAUCACAGUGUCUGGAAUUCAGCUGAAUGGAAGCAUGUUCUUGAAGAUGUUACCAUGUUUUUCAAAGCUGUCAUCGGCAAAAACUUUUCUGAGAAUGAGACACUCCAGCAACUGAACCAACUGAAUUCAUGUCACCAAGAAGCUGUUUUGAAAUGUUUAAAGAGUAGGAGAAAUGAGAUCAAGCAGGCCCUGUUGGGAGAAAUAGUUGAUAUUUCUUGUGCACAGCUGCAGGAUUUUGAUUGGCAGUUAAAGCUCGCACUUUCUAGUGACAAGAUCGCCACCUUGCAGAUGCCCCUUUUGAACCUUCAUCUGGAUGUGAAGGAAGAUGGUGAAGUGAAGCCGUACUCUGUUGAGAUGAGUAAGGAGGAGUUACAGAGUCUGAUCAGCUCCUUGGAGGCAGCUAAUAAGGUGGUCCUACAGUUAAAGUAACUGGAAAUGGUGAACGCUCUCAGAUUUCAGUGCCGCACCGUGGCUGGCAGAGUGAGUGCCGUCUGUGUUCAGCGGGUGGAUGCUCCAGCAGGCCGAGCAGGCAGCGGCUCUGAGAUCACAGGGAUGGAAAUUCGUCAGAACCCUAAGGGACAGGAAAGUGCAUGGCUAAUAGGAAGUGCACAGGAUGAAAGGAGAAAGAGCUGAAGUCGCAGCCCGUGUUUUACAGUGAUGGCUUUGUCUCAUUUAUUAAACAUCUGAGAAAACUUUGUAGAUAACGUUUUAUCAAGAGGUAAAAAUAAGUUCUGAAGUAAUGUAAACACAUAGAGCACAGACAUACUGGACUGUUCUUAAACGCAAAUAGCAAGAUAUGUAUUCUCAAUAUAUAAUUUGUGAUAUUUGAAAAUAAUGUUUUAAGGCGUGUCCAAGCUAAAUAUGUAACAUAGGAGGUUUCAUAUCUUUCUCAUGUUUCAAAGAAAAGAUUUUUAAGUUGUAAAUUUUUAAAGAAAAGUCUGUUACCAGAUAUGAACAAGAAAACAAUUUAAUUUUUGCAUGCCUAAUUUGGGAAUAAUUUGAAUAACAAAAUUCCUAAGAAUUUUAUAAACUAAAACAAAAAAAACUUCAAAAAAAUGCACAUAACAUUGUUAUUUUUCACAUCCUCACUUCUUGGUAGACCAUGGUCUGAGGAAAUAGGAAAGCUGUCAAAGAUGGUAUAGUUACAUAUUGUUACUCACAUCAAGGGUAUUUUUAUAAGGUCGGAAUAUGAAAUUUGAGCUUUUGGAUGGUGACAAAGUAAUUGUAAUACAAACCACUUAUCACCUCAGCUAACUGAAAAUAAGAAUGCUGAACAAAUAUAAGCUGGUUGUCUC